AUGUUCUCGGAAUGUAUGUAUCGCCAUGCCCUGUUUGAUGCCUUGCUGACUGCGGUCCCCUUCGUCCCCACCAGAUGCCUCACGCUUCCUCGCUCAGUCACAGUCGCGAGUAGCAUCUCGGCCGGACGAGCUUCAAAGAACCGGUCGUGCCCCCCCAGCCAGCGCCAAGGGAGCUCACGAUACCCAUCCUCGCGCUCCUUCUUAAGAAGCGGUGACCCAUAUCGACCGGGUGCAUCCCAGGUCUCCAACUUCCCAUUUGCCUCGCGAGCCUCGGCUCAACCGGCUCCCUUGUUCUAUAGUGCCACCGAUGAAUUCAGGGAAGAAGACGACGAGACCGAGCGGGAGCGCGAGAUUGCGGAUUUCUAUGCCUUGCAACGAUCACGGCGACAAUUUGGCGAUAGCAACCUAAAGGACUCCUCAGAGAACGACGAGGAUUCAAACCACUCAGUGGAGUUUGAUGAGGGGCAUUCUCGAUAUGACGAGCGUCCCGGUAAUGGAAAAGGGAUCAAGAGCUCCUGGCGCGGGGAGAAGAGCAUCCCUGCUCCCCGCCGCUCUCGGAUCGAGACGGUGGCGGAAGUGACGGAGCAAGAGCAUGGGUCUUAUGCCAGCCCAAGCAGCAGUAAAGCCAGGGGCAAUCUAGUCGAUAUUGGGCUAGAAGAUUCCUUUCGAGCCGACCCAGACAAUGCCAACCGGGCACCGUCUGAGAUCGCUGGCGACAAGCCGCCCAUCCAACGCUUCCGGGAACAACCUACCCUCAAAGAAGAUUCCUUUGGGUUCAACAUUACCGACAAUUCUGCAGACCAGACCAAACCAUUAUUCGCCUCUGAAGUCCCACGGCGGCCCAGCUCCACGGGUUCCUUCCCAGCGUCGAUUUCGCCUCUUACAUCUGAGACGACCAUGCACGAUGCGUUCUGGGGUCAGCUCUUUUUGAUCGCCCUGGCAGGACUAUUCGCUACUGCGUUUCUAGUCUACCUGCAUACUUCUGCUCCGUCCUCUGGAGACAAGUCACAAUGGGGCGACACCAUUUAUUUCACCGUCCAUGGAUCCUACUUUCUACUAGGGGUCUAUACUCUCGUAUCGGUUCUCGUGUCCCUUCUUUGGCUGGCCUUGCUUCGAUCCUAUGUGCGACCUUUGGUCUAUGUCAUCAUCGUUGCGGUACCCAUCAUCUUAUUCUCCUUUUCUUUGUAUCCUUUCAUCUCGAGCUUCAAAGGCGCGUGGAAUGGGACCAGCUUGCAAGACCGAGUGAUGCGCUGGGGCUCUAUCGUUCCCUUCGUGAUGGCCACCCUAUGGAUCUACAACGUUAUGCGAGGCCGUAGAUCGAUCGGAAAGGCGAUCGGUGUCCUCGAGUUUGCGUGUCGCAUUCUGGCUGCAAACCCAGAACUGCUUGCGCUCGGCCUGGUCAUCCUUGCCUGCGUCGUUUGCUGGACGUGGAUCUGGAUGCUGAUGUUCACUCGCGUGUUCCUCGGUGGCCACCUAUCGGGAUCGAGAUCAUUUAUUAUUGAUCUCAGCAGCUGGUGGCUAGGCGUCUACUUCGUGCUAAUUUAUCUGUGGUCGAUCGGGGUGAUCGCGGGAAUUCAGCGUGCCGUCACCGCUGCCACAGUCAGCCAAUGGUACUUCCAUCGUCUGGCAAGUCCAGCGCCCACGUCUAGACAGAUUGUCCAGGCCGCUAUCGUUCAUGCUACCACUACCUUGGUUGGCACCAUCAGCCUCUCGCGCCUGCUUGGGCUGCUGAUUCGGCUUCCCUUACUUUUUCUCCCCAGCCGACUGUCCUCACUGCUCAGUCUUUUUGCCUACUCUCUUAUUCCCACCCCCAUUGCGUAUCUGACAAACCCCCUCUCCCUGACCUACGCCGCAAUUCACUCGCAGCCGCUGGCGGCUUCUGCGCGAGGCUUGAGCCACAUGACCCUCCUCGCCCCAUCGGCAGCUUCAACAUCUCUCCAUCCUCGCGCCUACUCCCGCUCACCAGGAGCAUCAACAUCUCUCCUUUCCUACCGGCUUUCGAAAUUGAUUCUCCAUGCUGCACGCUUUAUGAUGUCUCUAGCCCUUGGUUUCGGCGGCUGGGUCACAACAGCCCGAAACCUAAACACGAGUGGUACCAUUCGAGGCAGUUUGUAUGCCUAUGUGGUCGGCCUAAUCGCAGGAACGAUUGGCUGGAGCAUAUUGGGUGCGAUGGAGAGCGUAGUUGCAGACAUUGUGGAUGCGGCUGUUAUUUGCUGGGCCAGUGAGGUUGGUGUUUAUGGCCGGGAAGCUCGAUAUUGCCGUGAGGCUGGGUGGUUAUUUGGUGAUUCAAACUCUGACUUCCGGCACGAGUAUGGGGAGGCCUAG